AUGCGCUCUCCCGCAUUUCCCCCACGCCGGCCCUCCGCCAUUGUGCGAUACCUUGUGCCCGCUAUAAUAAUCAUCACCCUCUUCUACUACUUCAGCGGGCCCCAACAACCACAACCACCCUCCAUACCUCCUACAACAUGGGUAGCGCCGCCUAAUUCUCUCCCGCAACAAGCCUCGGGCCAGCUUAGCCACGAGAGCCCUGCCGGCAAGUCCCCCGACCAGCCUUCCGACUCGGGCGCGAAACAGCACCACGAUUCCAGCCAGGGCAGGCCACAGGCUGCCCAAGAACCAAUAGUAGAGACAAAACCAAAAGAGGAGGAGACGCUGCAGCUGGACCAUGGCAAGAACCCAGGAUCGGGAGGAGGCAGCGGCAGCAGCUCCGGAUCACAAUCCUCCGGCAAAGGCGCCCACCCCAUCGAUCGACUCAUCGAUCUGGCCGACAAGCAAUUCGCCGACCAGUUGACCCAAGAAUCGCACACCCUCUCCGAAGCCGCCGCUGCCUACCGCCAGCGCCGCGGCCGACACCCUCCACCUGGCUUCGAUCAAUGGUAUGCUUUCGCAAAGGAGCAAAAUGCAGUCAUGGUUGAGGCCUUCUGGGACCAGAUCUACCACGAUCUGGAGCCCUUCUGGGCACUCCCUGCCCAGGAGAUCCGCAGGGGCGCCUGGGACUACGAAAUGACCAUCAAUGUCAGAGACGGCAAUGCAUCAGCCAAAAGCGACUGGUUCUGGACCCAGAUCUGGUUGAACCUCAUCAAAACGAUCGAGCACCUGCUGCCAGAUAUGGAUAUUGCACUCAACGCGAUGGACGAACCUCGAUUGGUGGUGCCCUGGGAGGACAUAAAUGCACACAUGAACAAGGCAAGCGCGUCGAGGAGCAUGGUGCCGGCCAAAGAUGCCAUCAACGAGUUUGAGCACCUCAAGGCACCCGGUGAAGGGCCCGAUCGCUUGGUCCCGUUGCCUGAGAAGAACUGGGAGGGAACGAAACCCUACUGGAACAUCGUCCAGCGCGGCUGCGCACCCGACAGCGCUGCCCGGAAAGCAGAGAUGAUGUCCGACUUUGACCACGCACCGACUUUCAAUCCUGCCUUCGCAGAGCCUCACAUGUAUCAGGGAUACGUUUCGAACUACACCAUGUCCACCCAGGUCUGUCACCAGCCCGACCUCCAGGGCCUCAAUGGCAUAUUCAUCGAGCCCUUGACCGUGUCCGCAACCAAGACGCUGUUCCCCAUGUUUGGCGGUUCCAAGCUCGCGGUGAACAACGAGAUCCUCCUGCCCGCGCCCAUGUACUGGAAUGAAGAAGAGAGAUUUACCGGCGGCAACCAGCACGGUGUGGACUGGCCACAGAAGACAAACGGAGUCAUCUGGCGAGGUGUUGCGACAGGUGGUCGCAAUCGAGAGAACAAUUGGCGCGCAUUCCAACGACACCGGUUCGUGGCCAUGAAUAACGGCACAAAGAUCGGCAGAGCCGAGGAUUGGACCGAGCUACCGGUUAAUUUUGAGCUACCUUCUGCGAAAUAUGGCCUGACGGCCCAGAAAGCGACGACGCCCGGCUCCACACGGACCAAGCUCGGCCCCUGGGUGGACGAGUGGGCGGAUGUGGCAUUCGUGGAUCUGAUGUGCGUGGAGGAAGAAGAGGGCGGGCAGUGCAAAUACACGUCGCCCUAUUUUGAGGUGCAGCAGGGUGUGACCCUGGCGGAGCAGUUCAACUGGAAAUACCUUCCCGACAUCGACGGCAACUCCUUCAGUGGUCGAUACCUGGGCUUCCUCCGAUCGACUAGUCUCCCGGUCAAGGCGACGGUGUGGCGAGAGUGGCAUGACAGCCGGCUGAUAGCAUGGAAGCACUUCGUGCCCAUGGACAACCGGUUCUCGGACUGGUUCGGCAUUAUGGAGUACUUCCUUGGGUACAAAGACAGCGACAAGGAGGUGAAGGGCCAUGACGAGCAGGCUGCCAAGAUUGCCGCCGCGGGCAAAGAAUGGGCCGAACGUGUCCUGCGAAAGGAGGACAUGCAGAUUUACGUGCUACGGCUCUUGCUGGAAUACGCGCGGAUUAGCGAUGAGAGACGAGAGAAGAUGGGAUGGGUGGGAGACCUGGUCGAUACCUCCAAAGCUGACAGCUGA